GUUGUUAUCCAAAAAAAAAAAAAACACUUUGCUUUACGAAAAAAAAGCCAUUUCAAAACCAACAUCUGUUACUGUCAAUGUACAGCACCUAAACCACCAGUAUUUAGAGAACGUAAAUGUUUGCAGUAUCUGUCUUGGCCUAAAAUAUUUAAAAAUUCUUUAUCAAUAAAAAAAUCUGCAACAAAAUUUUAUUUAUUUAAUUGAUUUCUAUAAAAUAAAAAAAAACAUGGAUAAUUGGAAUGUUUUAGCAGCACAGACCUCAUCAUCGGCCAUUGGAAGAGAUGACAUUAAUAUACAAUCCAAAGAGAAACUAACAAUUGAGAAAUUGCCGGAUAAAGUUAUACUGCAAAUCUUUUCGUAUCUCUCACACCGUGAAAUAUGCCGUUUGGCAAGAGUGUGUCGUCGCUGGCGCAAAAUUGCCUACGAUACUCAACUAUGGAAGAAUGUAUCGUUAAGACCUGAAAUAUCUGGAUUGCAUGUGGGUUCAUUGGAUUCCUUACUAUCCUUGAUUUCGGUACGUUUUGGCCCUACACUACGCUAUAUCGAACUGCCAAUUGAAUUGAUUACCCACACAGUGCUGCAUGAACUAUCUGCCAAAUGUCCCAACUUGACACAUAUGCUGUUGGAUUUCUCCACUGCCAUGCAACUUCAUGAUUUCAGUGAAAUGCAAGCUUUUCCCACCAAGUUGCGUUACAUGUGCAUUUGCUUAUCGGAAGUCAUCUUUAUGGAAGGUUUUAUGCGUAAAAUUUACAAUUUCAUCAAUGGCCUAGAAGUGCUGCAUUUGAUUGGUACUUAUGAAAAGUGCGAAGAGGAGGAGGAAGAAAUUUACGAAGUCAUCAAUGUUCACAAGUUGAAAUCGGCCACUCCCAAUUUACGUGUCAUCAAUUUGUACGGCAUUAAUUUCAUUGAUGAUUCUCAUAUUGAUGCCUUCAGUUCCAAUUGUAUACAACUGGAAUGUUUGGCUGUUAAUUUCUGCAACAAAGUUACUGGUUCCACUUUGAAAACCUUGAUACAACGUUCAAAACGUUUGACUUGUUUGUUGAUGAAUGGCACCAGUUUGAAAUCUGAGUUCGUUAUGCAGGCCGAUUGGGAUAAAUGCGCUUUACAGGAAUUGGAUAUCACUGCCACAGAUUUGUCCACUGAGUGUUUGGUGGACAUGCUAACACGUAUACCAAAUUUGAAGUUUUUAUCAGCUGGUCAAAUUAAUGGUUUCAAUGAUACAGUUUUAAAACAAUGGAUGGAAUCUGGCAUGACUAGAUCUUUAAUUUCUCUGGAUUUGGAUUCCUCAGAUAAUAUAACGGACGAUGCUUUGCAAAAGUUUUUAACACGUCAUGGCCAACAAUUGGCGGCCUGUUGCCUUUCCGGUAUGCCUCACAUUACCGAUCAAUUGUGGAUGAGUGUUUUGCCGGUUUUAACAAAUGCCAAGAUCAUUGUCAUGGGCACUGCUGAAAAGUUGGGUGUAAAUAUUCAUGUUGAUCAACUCAUGGAUACUAUUGCCUCCAGUUGCGGUAAUUUGGAACGUUUGGAAUUGAGAUGGGAUCCUGAUAAUUUACGUUUUUCGGACAAAAGUCAAAAGGCCAUUGAUUUAUUGCGUGUGAAAUGUUUGAAAUUACGUUGCAUGGUGUUGAGUGAUGGUCGUUAUUAUGAAACAGUUAAGGCGAAUUUUGAACGUGCUGAUCGUGUGACUGUUGUGCGCACCACCACCUGUUGUCGUGUUUCGCCCUAUCAUUUGCUCAGUAAUUAUAAUGAUUUGAUUUUCAAUUAAACAGCCGUAACGAACUUAACUAGAAGGGAAACAUUGUUACCUAAUGACAAUUACAUAUAUAGUGAAAUUAAACGAAUUUAUUGUUGAUUUUUUUCCGUUUUUAAUAAUAAUUCAUGAUUUUUUUAAUAUUUCCAUCCUUAUAUAAUUUACAAUAAUAUGAAUUUACUUGUUUCCGUUA